CUAUUAAUAGAUGAUAGUUAUGGAAGUAACAAGAGGAAGAGCAGCAGUGAGUCCUUACCUUCUCCUCCUCCCAUUCCUCCUGAUCAACUGGAUGCAGCUGUUAACCUUCUCUCAUCAAUAAUAAAACGUAACCACACCAGUGAACAUAAUCAACAAUUUGCUGGUCAACUUCUACGAAUGACACUCAACUUCCUUUUAAGAUUCAUUAAAACUCAUUCCAAUACCAGCAGAAUGGGAACCAAACCCUCAGGAACCAAUGAACCAGAAGUGACGUCCCUCGGGCGGAGUGAGAGCCAGGCUAGCGAGGACUCAUCAUGCUUAGAAACCUCUUUUAAAAACCCUGGGACUGGGUUCAUAUCGUCCAGUGAAAUAACGUACCACAUUCACAGUCUCAGAGAAUACCUGCCUAAAGGUAAUACACUGAUCAGUGACCCUAAGAGGAAGGGGGAGGAGGAAGGGGCGGAGUUUGAUCAUCUCUUACACGUAAUGGUGAGGAAGGAAUCAUGGGACCACGCCUCCACUGAAACUGUAAUCCAGCGGUCAUUAGUAACUGGUAACGUCCCAUUAGGUCAAUCCUAUCUCAUUCAUAGGUUGUAAAGGGGAGGAG